CCGGGCCGGGCCGGCCCGGGGAGCGGCGGCCGCGGGGUCGGCCCCCGGCGCUCCGCCACCUUUUGUCUCCUUUUCUCCCGUUUAUUUUUCCCCGGAGCCCCCGUCCUGCUGGACGGGGAGGGUCGUUUGGGAGGCGCUGCUCGGUUCCGGGGGUGGCACCGCGGGUUGGUGCCGCGGGGCUGCCGGUGGGACCCGAGACAGAGCCCAGCCCUGCCCUGCCCGACACCUGCCCUGCCGGGGGAAAAAGCCGCUCCCCAGUCAGUGCUUUCCUGAAAUAGGGAGGAAGGUAUGCUUCAGCCACUGCAGCGAAGGAGCACUACCAAGUUUGGAAGCUUCUCUUAUUUGAAGAUCAGCAGUAAACAAAGGCAGAGUGAAGAAUUUGCCACGCCGUGACAGAAGGUAAAAGAAGGGAAAAAACCUGCAAGGAGAUCAGCCCAGCAGCAGAUAUUCCACACUUGUGGAAUCCAACGGCUUUGGGGGAUCUUUGUUACACUUCCAGAAGAACAAAUAACGCUGCCACACGUCCACAAUUGUGUCCCCUGAAGUCUGGUAGCAGCUGUAGUGUAGAUGGCUCAGCUUCCUCCUGGGAUCCGUUUCAUCACUUCAUUCUCACGAGAUCAGUGGUAUAGAGCUUUCAUUUUCUCUCUCACUUUCCUGCUGUAUGCCAGCUUCCAUCUAUCAAGGAAACCUAUCAGUAUAGUGAAGGGAGAGCUGCAUAAGCAUUGUGCAAGUCAAGUUGAACUUGACUCCUACAAAGAAUAUGCUGCCCAGAUCCAGCCUGUCAAAAAGCCAUUUAAUGCCUCUCAGUGUGGAUGGGAGCCAUUUGAUAAGAGCAACUACAAACAGCUACUGGGAGCGCUGGAUUACUCGUUUUUGUGUGCAUAUGCAGUUGGGAUGUAUUUAAGUGGACUCAUCGGAGAGCGGCUGCCCAUCCGCUACUAUCUGACAGGGGGGAUGCUCGCCAGUGGACUCUUCACUGCAAUGUUUGGAUUGGGUUAUUUCUAUAAUGUGCAUAAUCUCUGGUUUUACAUCAUGGCCCAGAUAGCCAAUGGGUUGGUGCAGACCACUGGCUGGCCGAGUGUCGUUACGUGUAUUGGCAACUGGUUUGGAAAAGGAAGGAGAGGUUUGAUCAUGGGAGUCUGGAAUUCACACACUUCAGUGGGGAAUAUCUUGGGAUCCUUGAUUGCUGCUUACUGGGUGUCCACGUGCUGGGGUCUCUCCUUUGUGGUGCCUGGGGUCGUCGUGGCUGUCAUGGGGGUUGUUUGUUUCCUGUUCCUUAUUGAACAUCCUAAAGAUGUCAGUUGCUCCUGCACACCGUCCAGUAGUUCUAAAACCUUCCUGAAUGGUGCCUCUCGGUGCAGAAUCCAGAUGCCAACCUUAAAUGCUAAGGAAAAUGGCAAACCUCAGGAUCCAGAGCUGCAGCAUUUACUCACAGACAGUGAGAACUGCAGCGUGUCACUGAGCUCCACUGGGGAAGGCAGGCAUGGGACAUCAGCCAUCAGCUUCCUUGGGGCCCUGAAGAUUCCUGGAGUUGUGGAGUUCUCCCUUUGUCUCCUGUUUGCAAAGCUGGUGAGCUACACUUUCCUCUUCUGGCUUCCCCUCUACAUCACAAAUGUAGAGCAUCUUGAUGCCAAAAGAGCUGGGGACCUUUCUACACUGUUUGAUGUGGGUGGGAUCUUUGGUGGGAUCUUGGCAGGUCUGAUUUCAGACAGGCUGGAGAAGAGGGCAUCAACCUGCGGGAUGAUGUUGCUGCUUGCAGCUCCCACACUAUACAUGUUCUCUGCAGUCAGUAAAAUGGGCCUUGAGGCUACUGUAGUGAUGCUGCUUAUCAGUGGUGCCCUGGUGAAUGGCCCUUACGCCCUGAUCACCACUGCUGUCUCUGCUGACUUGGGUACCCAUAAAAGCCUGAAAGGGAACGCCAGGGCCUUGUCCACAGUGACGGCGAUCAUCGACGGCACGGGAUCUGUGGGUGCAGCUUUGGGGCCUCUCCUGGCUGGCCUUAUUUCCCCUUCUGGUUGGAACAACGUGUUUUACAUGCUCAUGGUGGCAGAUGCAUGUGCCUUGCUACUCUUACUCCGUCUUAUCCAGAAGGAACUUCAGUGUCAUGCAGAUCACACCCUGUUCAAAGAGCACUGAGCUACCAGAGCUGGGAUGAGGAGUGUGCCAGUGGAUGGAGCUGCUCCCUGAAAACUCCAUGGGACACCUUAUUUUGUACUUAAAGAGUCUGUGUGUGUGAAGAGCCUUGCAGCUUUCCUGGGAGCAGUGUGAGACACGGUAGAUCCCUGAAGCUCUGAUUUUUGCACAUGAUUAAGUACCUCAGGAUGGCCACUGUUCAUCAGAGAAGAGAUGGGGACUUGGGGAAGGUUUUCAGCAGCACGCCUCAACUGAGCCAAAGAGGAAUACCAAGUGCCUUUUUUAUUUCUUUUGAUAGGAUGUUUUUAAUUGAAACCAUGAACUGUGUAUUUGCCAACAAUCAAGGCAAAGCUAGAGCAGGAGGAAGUUGAAAUUGUAACAGCCUGUGAGUGACUGUCCCAGGGUUAGUGAGCAAUGUGUCUCUUAUGUCAUCUUGUGUACACUGAGAGCAUCACUUUAUAGAGGACAAUAUCAGCUGGUUGUUAAGAUGUGCUGCUAUUAGGAUUUGAAGCUGCUCAGACAAUAAUCACCUGGCUGUAUUAUUAGUUUUUAGCUUUAGUGCUACUUCCCAAGGACAGCAGCCAGCCUUUUGGUAGGUUAUAAAAAAGAAUUUACUCUUGCUGUGUACUGCAGUUAGCAGUUUUUACAGAUCCUCUGGAUGAAUGCUAGUCCUCCAUUAGGAUUAUGCAAAAAAAAAAAAAGAAAAAAGAGUCCUAAGCAACAAAAAGCAGUUUAUGAGUCAGAAUUUCCAGUGAGGGCUCUAAUGAUUUUUCAGGGCAUUGUAAAUUGGUUGUGCAAACAUCAUGGAAUUGUGCUGCUCUGCCAGGCUGGGCUGACAUGAGAGGGGUUUCUUUGGGGUGGCAGAGAGCUGUGAGCUGUCCUGUGUUCAGCACCACAGGACUGAGCAGGGGGAGCUGCUUUGGUGCACAGGGGCACCAAACUGUUGGGUUCCAGUGCUGGUGUGUGCACGUGGAAGUCAUUGUCAGAUCUGAGCCUUCUUAUCCAGAAAUCUCUCUCAAGUGGCUCUGGGUUUCAGAUUUGGAGCCAGAAUAUCGAAGAAAAAUUACCUGUGUGGGUGGUAGUUUGGAAGAGAACAUUUGAGUACCUAGUGCUAUCCAGAAAAUAGAUGGUUUAAUAUCUUCAGAACAUAUCAUUUCUUUGUACAGCUGUCUGCUUUGCAAACAGAAUGUUUCUGUGAUUUUAUUUUUUUUUUAAGCUCUACAAAGUGAAAAGAAAUCUUUUUUUGUAUGGGGUGUUUAUACUUAGAUCACAAAGGUUAGGUAAUUUAAACUGUGUGUUGUCCUUAACUGUAUUUAUUAAAGCUCUAGGCCUUUGUCUUGCUCUAUGCUCUUAAGUUUUGUGAGACAGUGCAAGAGUCUUUGCACUUGAUUAGCAAAACACUUUAAAAGCCCUGCAAAAUAUUCAGGAAUGUCCCAUCAGCUGCUGCUAACACUUCAUUUCCAGGGCUGUUUUGGACCUCCUCAGUCUUUGAGUUGCUUCACUGGUUUGAUCCAGCACGUGCUUCAUGCUUGACCUGAGCAGGGUCAGAAUGGGCUCAUUUUUAGCUGCUUUGCUGAGCAGAGGUGCAGGGAUGACCCCACAGGGACUUAGGGAAGGUGCCAGGUCCUUGCAGGGAGCUCUAGGAGGGUCCUGUGCUUGCCCUUACCUGGGUGGAAGGUUGACCUCACACAUUUUGAGUAAACCAGGGGAGAUUCUCAACAGCUGAACUCAAAAAUCUGUGCUGUGCUUGGGUUGUGGUUAAAUGUGGCAGAAUUGUGCAGCAAUGUUACUUGAAAGGAUUUCCAUCCUCCUGGAGUGGGAAACUGCUCCUGGAAUGUCAAACUGCUCCUCUGUCCUCCAGGCUGAACCUGGGGCACUGCUGAAACAGCCUCUGAUGGGGCAAAAAUAACAUUGCAACCCCAAAACAGCUGUCCUGGCACAACUUCAGUGCCUGUGUGGGGAGGGAGAGAUGGAUGGAGGACCACUUCAGCUGGGGAUCCCAGUCCCUUCCCCAAAAAUAUGUGUAGAGCUUUAUACUACUUUACUGAAACAGUUCAAGCUCUGCUGUGCUCAGAUUUUGAGAAGCUGUGCCCUGUGGGCUGAAGUCUGAUGUUAAAAAGCUUUUGGUUGUGUUUCUGAAGAUGUUUAAGUGUGUUUUGGGUUUUACUUGUUGGGGCUGCUGCUGCUGUUAUUUAUUUAUUUAUUUGAAUAGCUUUUGCACUGCAGUGACUCAUUUUUGGGGUAAUGACAGAUUACAUUUCAGUUCCUCCAAGCUACAAAUUUGUUGGACAAAAAUAUUUGUUUUUCUAUUUUAGAAAACCCUAAAGGUCCCCCAGAUAGUGAAUAAACUGUGUUUUGUUAGUAUCAGCUGUUACAUCUGGAAAUGAGCAAGACUGACAAAAUUUUGCAUGUAAAAAUGUGAGUGACCAGUAGGUACAGCCAAAUUUAAAUGUGACUGCAGGGUUGGUUUGUUGGGGUUUUUUAAAUGCUGAUUAUUGUGAAUUUUAUCCAUUCACCCUCCUGUGUUGAAUAAAAAUAGAUUCUGUUCUAAACAGAGAA